AUGGCCAAGAUCACUUCUGUCAAGUACUACCGUGUUAAGCCGCGAUGGCUAAUGGUCAAGGUCGUUGAUGAGAAUGGACAGUAUGGAUGGGGUGAGGCUACGUUAGAGGGCCAUGACCUUGCUGUUGAGGGGUGUUUGGAUGAGAUGAUCCCACGGAUCAUUGGACAAGAAGCAAACGAUAUCGAAAACAUCUGGCAAACCUUCUGGCGUCAUGGGUUCUACCGCGGCGGACCAGUCUUCAUGUCUGCCAUCUCAGGCAUUGACAUCGCAUUGUGGGAUUUGAAAGGUCGCAACUUGAAGGUACCCAUCUACGAGCUUCUCGGCGGCAAAGUGAGGAACAAAGUCCAGGUUUACUGCUGGAUCGGCGGCGAUAGACCAUCAGAUAUAGAAGCAGCCGCAAAGAAGCGCCUUGAGCAGGGCCUCACAUGCGUCAAAAUGAACGCUACCGAAGACCUGGGAUGGAUUGACUCCCCAUCCGCCCUAGACAGCACCGUCGAACGUCUCAAACAGGUCAAGGCAUUAGGUCUUGACGCAGGGCUUGACUUCCACGGAAGAUGUCAUAAAGCAAUGGCGAAGCAGCUCGCUCGAGCUCUUGAACCUCAUAGGCCUCUGUUCAUCGAGGAGCCUAUUCUGGUUGAACAUCCUGAAGCUAUCAAGAAGCUAUCUGACCAGACUGUUAUCCCAAUUGCUUUCGGUGAGCGUUUAUAUACACGAUGGGAUAUUAAGCGCUUUCUAGAAGAUUCAAGUGUCGAUAUUCUACAACCUGACAUCGCUCACGCAGGCGGUAUUUCUGAGACGAAGCGUAUAGCCACUAUGGCUGAAGCUUAUGAUGUCGCGAUUGCGCCUCAUUGUCCGUUGGGACCUGUUGCAUUCGCUGCUUCUGUUCAGGUGGCGCUGUCAUCACCAAACUUUGCUAUUUUGGAGAUGAGCUUGGGGAUGCAUUAUAAUACCGAGGCUGGAGACAUUGAUCUACUGACGUAUCUCAAGAAUCCGAGUGUGUUUGAUCUAGAAGGUGGUCAUGUCAAGGCUCCGACGGGUUACGGCUUGGGGAUUGAGAUUGACGAAGAGAUGGUGAUCAGGAUUGCCAAAGAGACAGAGCCAUGGCAGUGUAAGACAUUCCAUGGUCCAGAUGGCAGUAUUAGAGAGUGGUAA